AUAUUCCGGACAGAAAUAUCGAUCAAGGAACACAGUUCUUCCUUCCAAGAGUGCCAGAUGCGGCGAUACGUUACUGAUUCAAACGUCUUUUCAUUUCCUUUGUUAAAAUAAUUGCUUUACUGAGUAGCUAAUCAAGUGGGCGACCAGUAAUGUCGUCGCCCAGAUGUCCGAAGACAAGCAAGAUUCAGUGUGCGAUCUGAAAUGAUUUAGUUUCAGUUUUCUCAGGAGGAAGUUAGCGCAAUUUUAGACUGUGAGGCUGGAUGUGUGAUCAUGGAGGCCAGAGGUGAUGAUGAGGUUGCAGAUGGCCAACAUGUUCAGCCAACCAGCGCUAACGCAUGUCCCUCCGAACCAAGACAGGACAAGUCCACUGAGAACUUGGAUGUGGAUGAGGAUGAUUUGUUCAAACACUCCACCACUCUGACCAACAAGCAGCGUGGGAAUGAGGUUACAGUGCGUCCGGCAACAUUAGACUCUCUGUCUAUACACCAGCUGGCUGCUCAAGGUGAGGUUUCACAAGUGGCUGCACACCUGAGCAGAGACAGUUCGCUGAUUAGCAGACAGGAUGAUCGGGGUUUCACGCCUCUAAUGUGGGCAGCAGCGUUUGGAGAGAAAGCCGUGGUGGACUUUCUCCUGGAAAAGGGUGCAGACCCCAAAACUAUUGCGAGGGAGCGAGAGAGCGCCCUGACACUGGCCAGCUCUGGAGGUUAUGUGGACAUUGUUGAGUCUCUUCUCAGACAUGGAGUGGACAUUAACACCUAUGACUGGAAUGGUGGAACACCUCUUCUCUAUGCUGUACGAGGGAACCAUAUAAAAUGUGUAGAGGCACUACUAGCCAAAGGAGCAGAUAUGACCAUUGAGUCUGACUCUGGAUACAGUCCGAUGGCUUUAGCCGUUGCCCUUGGACACAAAAAAAUUCAGAAAGUGUUGGAGGACCAUAUCCUGAAACUCUACAAGCCACCAACAUGACACUAGUUGAGGACUUCUGUCACCGCAGCAGAUCAGUGCAUAUGUAGAAACAUUCACACAGAAAACUGCAUUUGUUGAUUUCUGAACUGUUUAUUCCAGUAGUAUGCAUCACUUUGUAUGCCCUACAAUGUAAAAAAACAACAACUUUGAAUGAACAAGGACUAAAUGUGACAGCUGUGCAGCAGCAAAUAAUGGCAGUAAACAUGUUUUAAUAAAAAUUUAUUUUUA